CCGUUUGUAGCCAUUGAGCAGCCUGGCGCCGCAGAGAGCACACAGAGCCAGAGCCAGCACAGAGUCUAUUCACUCCGCAGACACAGAGGGGGGAAACAGGCGGCAUCCGCGGGCUCAGACAGACGUGCGUAAACUGCGUGGUUCGCAUCCACAGAUACCCACUACCCCAACCUUCUCCACUCUGGAUCUCAGAAAAAGGAAGAUAGGGGAGGAAGAGUAGUUGCGCUCGCAGCCGUGGAGUUAUAUAAGAAGAGAGGAAGCUUCAGUAGCGUCGCAGGGCCGUUGUGACUCAUUGAUAAAUAACACGGCGCUCCAGCCAGAUGCAUGAAUGACUGCCAGUGUAGGAAACCCGCAGUCGGGAGAUCUGUGAAGGAGAAGCGUUUCUAUUGAGCCGACUCUUCCCAGAGCGCACAGGAAGCUGAAGGACAGCCGGAGGGAGAAUUUAUUGGUCUGAUUUUGACUUUUUUUUUAUUACACCUCGGUCGCCCGUGUUGCUGAGGGCCCUCCAAACAUCGGACUAAAAAAAAUAAUAAUACCAAUAAUCCUACAGAUUUUUUGGUCGCUGCAGCCAGGAGGUCUCCAACUCUCCAAACCUCGCUUCUCUCAGAUCAUUUUUUUGACUCCUGCUUAUAAAUGCUUGACAAGCUCAAGCCCGUCGUCCAGCUUGACUCGGUAAUGGCGAUCAGCAAGACGGUAGACUGGCUCCGGGAGCAGCUGGAGACGCGCAGGGACGGCCUGCUUGUGAUGGACUGCCGGGCCCAGGAGCUCUACGAGUCGUCGCACGUCGAGACGGCCAUCAACGUGGCCAUACCGAGCCUCAUGCUCCGCCGGCUCAAGAAGGGCAACCUGCCCGUGCGGUCGCUGCUCUCCGACGGGGAGGACCGGGAGAAGUUCGUGCGGCGAUGCAAGACGGACACCAUCGUCCUGUACGACGAGUACAGCCGGGAGUGGAACGAGAAUGUGGACGGGGGCUCCGUGCUGGGCUUAUUGCUGAGGAGGAUGAAGGACGAAGGCUACAAGGCCUAUUAUCUGGAGGGUGGCUUCAGUAAAUUCCAGGCCGAGUAUCCAGCCCUGUGCGAAACCAACCUGGACGGCUCCUCCAACAGCAGCUCCCCCACGGCCCAGGUGCUGGGCCUCGGCGGGCUGCGCAUCAGCUCCGACUCCUCGGACAUUGAGUCGGACAUCGACCGGGACCCGAGCAGCGCCACAGACUCUGACGGCAGCCCGCUGUCCAACCCGCAGCCCUCCUUCCCGGUGGAGAUCCUGCCGCAUCUCUACCUGGGCUGCGCCAAGGACUCCACCAACCUGGACGUGCUGGAGGAGUACGGCAUCAAGUACAUCCUCAACGUGACUCCCAACCUGCCCAACCUCUUCGAGAACGCAGGGGAGUUUAAGUACAAGCAGAUCCCCAUCUCGGAUCACUGGAGCCAGAAUCUCUCACAGUUCUUCCCCGAGGCCAUCAGCUUCAUUGAUGAGGCUCGAGGCCAGAAGUGUGGCGUCCUGGUCCACUGCCUGGCCGGCAUCAGCCGAUCAGUGACAGUAACGGUGGCCUACUUGAUGCAGAAGCUCAACCUGUCCAUGAACGACGCCUACGACAUCGUCAAGAUGAAAAAGUCCAACAUCUCGCCCAACUUCAACUUCAUGGGCCAGCUCCUUGACUUUGAGCGCACGCUGGGCCUGAAGAGCCCAUGCGACAACCGCAUUGCGCCACCGACCCAGCAGCUUUACUUCACCACCCCGACCAACCACAACGUCUUCCAGCUGGACCCCCUGGAGUCCACGUGAGGUCCGCUGUCACCACACCUCUCGUUGCUGGAGGUUUCAUUGGCUUCCUGUUGGAAAAUCUGCAAAAAGUUUCUCUUUUUUCCGUCGUCUGCUGUGGGACCGGGCACUUGACGUUAUUGAUACAGCUGGUUUGAGGCGACUGCUGCUGAACAUGGUUACUGGAGGGCCAAAGCUGUCUGGCCAAGACGCAGCUGCUGUUGACUGGAUGAGCAAAGACAGUAAAAGAGACAGAGACAGAACAGAGGAAAAGAGUCAUUUAAAGAGUGCAGAUACUGUCUUCAAUCUUAUAUCCCCGUUGGACUCCUGAGGUCUUUUCUCUCUUUUUGUCAUUGUGUCUGAGGAAACUUAAAGUGAUUUGUCGGACAGCUGUACGUUAUGCUUCAAAGCUCCUGGGCUGGUGUGCCAAAGAGACAUGAUUGUUCAAACUGGACAGAUCUAAAAAUGAAACCUUUUUUUUAAUGUGUGUUUUGGGGUUCCCCCAAGACAUCAAGGUGCACUGUCACCUUCGUCUUCUGUGAAGACUUGCCUGUGUGGGGUUGAAGCACCCCAGCUUUAUAUGGCACAUUAUAUACUGGACUCGAUUUUACACUUGUGGAGUCUUUUCAAACAUUUAUACAUUGUGUAUAUAUCUUAAUAUAAAAGACAAUACAGUAAAAGCCUUGCUCUAGUAUAUACCCUUUGCAACAAGUGGGUACUGAAGAUUCUUUGUUUCAUAUUCUACUUUUAUGUGAGCAAACAAAUUGCAUAUUGAUCAGUAUGUUUAAGUUGAUUAUGCCAAAAAUCAAGUAGGCUUUCUAAGAAUUGUGCAAAAAUGUGUACACAUGUAAUAUAUUUGAUAAUCGCUUUAUGUGUGAAUUCAGCCGACGGGCCUUGUUUUUACACCCACCCUGUCACAAAUCAACGUCACCUUGGUUUUUUGCCUUACUUUUGCGCUCAGAGGGUUUUUAUUGCGCAUUGGCCUUCAGAAAUAUUCACCAAUUUUCUCAACUCUACAGCUUCCCCGAGUCAACCAAACCUUGAGCAUUUUUCAGAGCAGUUUUUGAUUUGGCACCACAUAAAAGAUGGCAUACAUAUGUUUGAGUCAGAAUGGUCAAACGUGAGUUGUCUCUGAAGGUUAAUGUAAAUAAUCCUGAUGUGUGCACAAGGGUUAAAAGUCUCUGACGUGGACAAAGUAGGAGGCUUUGCUCACCUCGCCUCUUCAGGGAAAACUGAAAUGCAGUUUUUAUUUGUCAAGAUGAGAGAAAAAGUGUUGUGUUGCCCCAUCUACAGAGAAGGCCUCUUUCCAGAGGAAAGUAACCUCUGCCAGCCCCCUCCACACUCUCUUACGAAUGUAAAGAAAAGAUAAGUUAUUAAUAAAUUGCUAUUUUGUCUACA